CGAACACCGAAUGUGUUCAGUGAGUUCAGUCUCCGUUUAAAGAGAACAGAGAAGGAGGAAAAGUUAAAUAAACACCAAGAAAAAGAAGAAACGUUGAGGAGAUGAACAAUUUUUGUGUGGAGGAAGAGGACGGAUCAGAGUCUCCAGGAUCCAGAUGUGUGACUAUGAAGAAUGACUGGUCCAAAUGUGAGUCUCCAUCAUUCAGUCCUGAACCUGGAGCCUCAGACACAAAAGUCCAGAACCAGAGACAAAGAGCAGAACCUCCAGGACCCAGCUGUCUGUCUAUGAAGAGUGACUGGUCCAAACCUGAGCCUAUUAACUUCACCAUUGAACCUAGAGUCUCAGACAAAAAGUCCCAUCAGAGACAAAGAUAUGAUGGACCUGGACCUGGACCCAGCUGUGUGUCCUUCAAGAGCGACCAGUCGAAGGAUGCUGAUAAUAAUUUCAAUGACCAACCUGUUUCACAGUCACAAGUGGACCAGCAGAUCUCAGAGGUUCCCAGUGCUCAGUCUGUCCAGCAGCACCAAACACACCUGGACUCCAUAUUUAUGCUGCUGGAGGAAAACAUUGUCAUGUUUGUGAAGAAGGAGCUGAAGCAGAUGCAGAAGGUCCUGAAUCCAGAUUACCCAGAAUGCUUAGAGAGUCAGAGGGAGGAUGAGGAGGAGUUGGAUGGUGAGGAUGAAGAGCAGAGGAGGAGCAGCAGAGACGCAUUUCCGAGCAUCACAGUGAACUUCCUGAGGAGGAUGAAGCAGGAGGAGCUGACUGACUGUCUGCAGAGAUCUUCUGCUUCAGUUUGUCAGGAUCAACUUAAAUCUCACCUGAAGCAGAAGUUCCAGUGUGUCUUUGAAGGCAUCGCUAAAGCAGGAAAGCCAACCCUUCUGAACCAGAUCUACACAGAGCUCUACAUCACAGAGGGAGGGACUGGAGAGGUCAACGAUGAACAUGAGGUCAGACAGAUUGAAACAGCCUCCAGGAAACCAGACAGAGCAGAAACAAGCAUCAGACCAGAAGACGUCUUUAAAGGCUCAGCUGGAAGAGAUGGAGCCAUCAGAACAGUGAUGACAAAGGGAGUGGCUGGCAUUGGGAAAACAGUCCUAACACAGAAGUUCACUCUGGACUGGGCUGAAGAAAAAGCCAACCAGGAGAUACACUUCACAUUUCCAUUCACCUUCAGAGAGUUGAAUGUGCUGAAAGAGCAAAGGUUCAGCUUGGUGGAACUUGUUCAUCACUUCUUCACUGAAACCAAAGCAGCAGGAAUCUUCAUUUUUAAACACUUUAAGGUCGUUUUCAUCUUGGACGGUCUGGAUGAGUGUCGACUUCCUCUGGACUUCAACAAGACUAAAACCCUGACUGAUGUCACAGAGUCCACCUCAGUGGAUGUGCUGCUGACAAACCUGAUCAGGGGGAACCUGCUUCCCUCUGCUCACCUCUGGAUCACCACACGACCUGCAGCAGCCAAUCAGAUCCCUCCUGGGUGUGUUGACCUGGUGACAGAGGUCAGAGGGUUCACUGACCCACAGAAGGACGAGUACUUCAGGAAGACGUUCAGAGAUGAGGAGCAGAGCAACAGAAUCAUCUCCCACAUCAAGACGUCACGAAGCCUCCACAUCAUGUGCCACAUCCCAGUCUUCUGCUGGAUCACUGCUACGGUUCUGGAGGAUCUGCUGGAAACCAGAGAGGGAGGAGAGCUGCCCAAGACCCUGACGGAGAUGUACAUCCACUUCCUGGUGGUUCAGACCAAAGUGAAGAACAUCAAGUAUGAUGGAGGAGCUGAGACUGAUCCACACUGGAAUAAGAAGAGCAGGAAGAUGAUUAAGUCUCUGGGAAAACUGGCUUUUGAGCAGCUGCAGAAAGGAAACCUGAUCUUCUAUGAGUCAGACCUGACAGAGUGUGGCAUCGAUGUCAGAGCAGCCUCAGUUUAUUCAGGGGUGUUCACACAGGUCUUUAAAGAGGAAAAAGGGCUGUAUCAGGACAAGGUUUUCUGCUUCAUCCAUCUGAGUGUUCAGGAGUUUCUGGCUGCUCUUCAUGUCCAUCUGACCUUCAUCAACUCUGGAGUCAACCUGCUGUCACAAAUAUCCUGGUUUAAACAUUUUAUGAUGAAACAUAGAACUUCACAGUUCUACCGUGGUGCUGUGGACAAGGCUUUAGAGAGUCCAAAUGGACACCUGGACCUGGUCCUCCGCUUCCUCCUGGGAUUUUCUCUUGAGAAAAACCAGUCAUUCUUACAAGGUUUGAUGACGCGGAUGAGUAGUAAUUUACAAACCAAUCAGGAAACAGUUCAGCACAUCAAGAAGAAAAUCACAGAGUUUCCCUCUGCAGAGAAAAGCAUCAACCUCUUCCACUGUCUAAAUGAGCUCAAUGAUUGUUCUUUAGUAGAGGUGAUCCAACACUAUCUGAAAUCAGGAAGUCUCUCCACAGAUAAACUGUCUCCUGCCCAGUGGUCAGCUCUGGUUUUCAUCCUAUUGUCUUCAGCAAAUGAUCUUGAAGUAUUUGAGCUGAAUAAAUUCUCUGCUUCAGAGAAGGCUCUUCUGAGGUUGCUGCCUGUGGUCAAAGCUUCCAACACGGCUCUACUGAGUCGCUGUAACCUGUCAGAGAGAAGCUGUGAAGCUCUGUCCUCAGUUCUCAGCUCUCAGUCCUCUAGUCUGAGAGAACUGGACCUGAGUAACAACAACCUGCAGGAUUCAGGAGUGACGCUACUGUGCGCUGGACUGAAGAGUCCUCACUGUCGACUGGAGACUCUCAGAUUAGGUGGCUGCAGUUUGUCAAAGAUCAGCUGUGAUUCUCUGGUCUCAGCUCUGAAGUCCAACCCGUCACAUCUGACACGACUGGACCUGAGUAACAACAACCUGCAGGAUUCAUCAGUGAAGCAUCUGUGUGGUUUUCUGGAGAGUCGUCACUGUCGACUGGAGACUUUGAGAUUGAGUGGCUGCAAUUUGUCAGAGAUCAGCUGUGAUUCUCUGGUCUCAGCUCUGAAGUCCAACCCGUCGCAUCUGACACAACUGGACCUGAGUAACAACAACCUGCAGAAUUCAUCAGUGAAGCAUCUGUGUGGUUUUGUGGAGAGUCGUCACUGUCGACUGGAGACUCUGAGAUUAAGUGGCUGCUGGUUGUCAGAGAUCAGCUGUGAUUCUCUGGUCUCAGCUCUGAAGUCCAACCCGUCGCAUCUGACACAUCUGGACCUGAGUAACAACAACCUGCAGGAUUCAGGAGUGAAGCAUCUGUGUGGUUUUCUGGAGAGUCGUCACUGUCGACUGGAGACUCUGAGACUGAGUGUGUGUGACCUGUUAGAGAGAAGCUGUGAAGCUCUGUCCUCAGUUCUCAGCUCUCAGUCCUCUAUUCUAAGAGAACUGGACCUGAGUAACAACAACCUGCAGGAUUCAGGAGUGAAGCUACUGUCUGCUGGACUGAAGAGUCCUCACUGUCGACUGGAGACUCUCAGGCUGUCAGGCUGUCUGCUCUCAGAGGAAGCUUGUGUCUCUCUGGCCUCAGCUCUGAGCUCCAACCCCUCCCAUCUGAGAGAGCUGGACCUGAGCUACAAUCAUCAAGGAGACUCAGGAGUGGAGCUGCUGUCUGCUGGAGUCAAGGAUCCACACUGGAGACUGGACACUCUCAGGGUGGAGCCAGGUGGAGUCCGAUGGUUGACACCAGGUCUGAGCAAGUAUUUCUGUCAACUCACCAUCAACACAAACACAGUGAACAGGAAACUACAACUGUCUGACAACAACAGGAAGGUGACACGUGUGGAGGAGGAUCAGUCAUAUCCUGAUCAUCCAGACAGAUUUGACCAGUGUCCUCAGCUGCUGUGUAGUAAUGGUCUGACUGGUCGCUGUUACUGGGAGGUUGAGUGGGGUGGAGGAGUUUAUAUAUCAGUGAGUUACAGAGGAAUCAGAAGGAAAGGAGACAGUAAUAACUGUUGGUUUGGAUACAAUGAUCAGUCCUGGCGUCUGUACUGCUCUAAAGGUGGUUACUAUGUCUGUCACAAUAACAUAGUAACACUCAUCUCCUCCUCUGUGUCUGACAGAGUAUCAGUGUAUGUGGACUGUCCUGCUGGUUCUCUGUCCUUCUACAGAGUCUCCUCUGACAAACUGAUCCACCUUCACACCUUCAACACCACAUUCACUGAACCUCUUUAUCCUGGGUUAGGGUUCUUGUAUCCUGGUUCCUCAGUGUCUCUGUGUGAUGUGUCGUAGUGAGAGUUUGAUCCUGUCAGAGAAAUGUCCCAUUAUCUUUCAUUUUUCUGUUAAUUGCAGAAUUUAAUUUAUCAUUCCCUAACGCUCCUCUAGUCACUGAUCCAUAUUAUCAUCAUUACAUGGGUUCUGUGACACUUCAGACAGAUAGCUGCACGUUGUUACAGUACAUAAUAAACAAAGGGCAGCAAGUUUUACCUCAAAUAGACUGUCUAUGGCAUCCACUAAACGAAGACAUUUGACGAUGGGAUUGGCUUUAUUCGACUUUGGGACGAUGGAGUCUAAAGCCUAAAGCUCCCAGUGAAUCCCUGUAGCCACUGGGGCUUAAAAGGAGCAGAGGUCCUGGUAUUAGGAGAAGUGCUUUGCAUACUUUGUAACAUGGGUACAGGCGUAUUUGUGGUGCAUUCACACCACUGAUGAUUCUGAGCGUGUGGUGGUUUCAGAGUGUGGAACUGCCACUAGAAGGAGCCAUUUAUCUAAAUAUCAGAUUAGCUGAACACUGCAUGUAGUCAAAUGAGUUGUCUCUAACUAAAUCUGAUCUAAAUUAUGUCUUAAAAAGCUUAAAGAUUUGUUAGAUUUUUUUCUCUGUUUAGUUUUGGAUACCUUUUAAUUUUUUAUUAUCAUGUGUGUAUGAAUUUGUGCUGCUCAUGCUCAAAGACUUUUAAAAUAACAACAGGACAGAGUUACUGAGGAAAGAAGUGUUUAUUAAUAAUAGCUGUGGUAGCAAUAACUGUAACAAUAGUUAUGAUAAUCAUAUAUAAUAAACCAUAUUUUUUGAAGCAGAUUGAGAGCAUACAGAAAUAAUAACCAGGUAAAAAUCUAAUAAUACCUAGAACAAAACAAAAACAACAAACAAAAAAACUAUUUGAUUAAGUGAAGCUGCAAUUAGACAUCAGGAUCUCUUUGUUUGUGUAAUGUACAGUAAUACAAUGUUCCACUACUGAUCAGGAAGAAGAAGGGAGGAUACAUAAAGAAUAAAGCAACACUGGAGCCACAA